GUCGAAAACGAAUAUUAUUGAAGAAUAUCUUUGUAUUUAGCUGAUUCGUGUGGUUUUAUUAGUUUUUUUCGCUGAACACCUGGACAUUUGUACUCUGUAAUCUGUGACAUUUACGAUGGCUUACUGUUCGGUAAAAAAGUGCAGGAAUAACACUAAGUUUCCGCCUGCGAAAAACAUUAGUUUUCACACCUUUCCAAAAGAAGAACAGACUUUGAAAGAAUGGCUUCAGAUAUUGGGUAUCCCUGUUGAGGCAUGGAAAUGGACGAAAAAUUCUGUAGUAUGUUCGGAGCAUUUUAGAAAAGAAGAUUAUUUGAAUGGAAAAAGAUUGAUGUAUAAGGCUGUUCCAUCUUUGAAAAUGAAUAUACCUAUAAAUUCAUCAAUCUGCAGUUCUGCGCCUUCAACCAGUAGAUUGGAUGACUCUUUGCUUGAUACUUCAGCUAAUGAGGAAUCACACACUUCAACUGUGAUGAGGCACACAAGAAAAACUGGGAAUAUGUCUCAAAAUGCUGCAUCUUCAUCACCAUCAACAACUUUUAGUAGUGAUUCUAAAGAAAAAAUAAUUGCAAUGGUUGAAUCACUUCACAAUUAUAGUAUUUCUCCUUCAAAAUUGAUGAAUAGAAACAUCGAAUUGAAAAAAUGUCAAGCAUCAUAUAGAAGGAAAUUAUACAAUGCCAGAAAAACCAUUAAGUCUCUAAGAAAUAAAAUACAACAAAUGAAAGAAGUGAUGGACUUUUUGAGACAAGAUCAACGUAUUUCUUAAAAUGCUGCCCAUCAUUCAGAGAAAUCUUAAGUGCCACAUUGAUAAAAAGAUAUUCGAAAAAUGUAGAGAAUCAUACUGUGACCAAUAAAAGUUAACCUCCAGACUUGAGGGAAUUUUAAUAUCCUUCAAAAAUAAAGGGGGACUUCAUGUACCAUCAUAUGGAGUUAUAAAGAUAUGACAAAAUGUAGAGAUUUCAAUCAGGAAUUUGAUGAUUUUAACAAAAAAUAGAGAUGAAAAUUCACUCGAAGCAUUUGCAACUAUUCAGUCCCAAAAAUUUGAUGAUCGAGUUGAUGAUUUGUUCCCUUUCUUGAAAGAACAUUUUUUAUAGAUUCCUCAGCGAUUGACAGACAUCAUGGCUUUCUUUUAGUGAAAAAUAUUGCCAGAUCUUAUUCUAAAAUAAGAAUAUUCAUUCUGUGUAAAAAGUUCACUGAAAAAAUUCAAGGUCCUGCAAUUAGAAGACUUCAUCACUGGA